AUGUCAAGUGGUAGUACUAUAGUUUCAUCUGACAAAUCGGAGCGAACAUUUAAGCAUGAGGAGGAGCUGCCAAAAUUACCAUUACCCAAUCUCAGUGACACUUUGCAACGAUUAAAGGAAAGUCUGGAACCAUUGUAUUAUGCUGACGGCUACUACCAACAUCCUUUAGACCCAGAGCAAAUUGAGACGCUCUCGUCCAUAAUUAAAAAUUUUGAAAAAAAUUCAGUGAGUGAGAAGCUGCAGUCUAAACUACAGAGUUACCACGAUUCUAGAGAUUGCUACCUUGAUGAAUUGCACCUAGACAUCAACAACCAAACGUCUACAAGAGAGAUUCAGGACGAUGUCCUGCCUAGGAACCCAUUCUUAGUUCUCGCAGACGACGCAUUAUCCAAUAUCACUCAAGCUGACAGGUCUGCCGUCCUAGUACAUUCUGCAGCAAGGUUCAUUUCUGCUCUGAAGCAGGACUUAUUGCCCCCAGAUAUCAAUGCCAUCAAUGGUAAACCACUGUCAAUGGCACCAUUUUUGAACUUGUUCGGUACUACUCGUAGUCCUGUUUUCCAGCGCGGUGAGGUUGAAAAUUUCGAUUUGAAUAAACCCUACACUGCAUCUGAUCUAGAGGAUCCUGAUUAUACAAGUGAUGAUGAAUAUGCUCGAGAAGAAUUAGAUAACGGUAAAAAAAAACACGAAGAAGACAUUUUCACUGGCAAUGGUAUAACCAUCAAAAGACAUCCGGAUAGUAAACACAUUUUAAUUAUCUCUAGGGGUCAAUACUAUACACUGGAAGUGCUUGACUCGAUGAAUAAAAUCAUAUAUACUGCUGCAGAACUAACUACGAUUUUCAACUAUAUCAUCAAAGAUUCAUCGGGUACUGAGAAAUCAACUGCGUUAGGUAGUUUGACUUCGCAUUCUUUUAGAAACUGGAAGUAUGCAAGAAAAAGGUUACAAAAAAGAUAUCCAAAUGAACUGCACCGCAUAGACUCUGCUCUGUUUGUUCUCGUUUUAGAUGAAUCACAAGAGGAAACCACCAACGAUGAUAACGAUACUGCUGACAUUAGUCAAACGUUUAAUAGGACUAUCACUGAACGAGACAAGAAAUGCACUUCUGCUAAUUGUAAAAGGGUGUUUUAUGGUACUUCAAUAAUAAACAGUAAAGGUCAUCAAGUUGGUUCAUGUGUAUCUCGUUGGUAUGAUAAAUUACAGUUAGUCAUCACUGCAGAUGCGAAGGCCACGGUGAUUUGGGAUUCCUUCACCUGUGACGGGUCCGUUGUGCUUAGAUUUACCUCAGAAAUUUAUACAGAAUCGGUCUUGAGAUUAGCUCGAGACGUGAAUGCUGGCGAUCCUCAGUUUUCACUAUGGCCUAAUGUCACACAAAUGGAUCCCGAAACCAAAAAGUUGAUGACAGCAACCAUAAAUCCAGACGGAGAAGGUCCUUCUGAAAUUGACCCCAAGUUCGUUGUGGAGAAGAUCGAUUGGUCCUUCAGUAACAUCCUUAAUACGCAUGUGCAUUUAUCAGAGACCAAACUAGCAGAUUUGAUUUCCAAGUAUGAUAUUGUUCGCGCCUCCAUUCCCUUAGGCAGAAGGUCUGCUCUAAGGUUAGGAAUCAAACCUGAUUCGAUGGUUCAAGUAGCCCUGCAAAUAGCUCACUAUGCGUUAUACGGCAGAAUGGUGUUUGGUUUAGAGCCAAUAUCCACACGUGGCUUCAAAAACUCAAGAUCCUCUUUUAUUAAUAUUCAAAAUCAAGAACUUCUAGAACUAUGUCAAUUAUUUAUUUCCAGUUCUAUCAAUGGGACGGGAAAGCUAGACAAAUUUAUCCAGACCUGUGAAACACACCAUGAGAUGGUUAAAUAUGUGAAGUCUGGCUUGGGCUUCGAAAAACAUUUCAACGCAUUGAAGUAUCUCUUCAAGUUUCAUGACCAUUUUGGCAUUCGCUUAAAUGAUGAUGAAUCAUUGGCUGCUAGAAAUCUCUUUGAAAAUCCGUUGAUUUUGCCCUUCUCACAACCUGAGUUGAUUGUUGCCAAUUGUGGUAAUGCUGCCACCACAACGUUUGGUAUAACACCCGCUGUGCCUCAGGGUUUCGGGAUCGGUUAUAUCAUUAAAGAUGAUCAGGUAGAUUUGACCGUAACAUCGCAAUUUAGACAGGGUGACAGGUUAAUGUUCAUGUUGAAUUGGGUCUUAGGUGAAAUCCGCUCUUACUGGAGGAUGUCCCGCAGCACUUCUCAUAAUAAAACUGGUGUAAAGAUCAGUCCCGUGGUUGAUAAAUUAUACGAAAUGGACAAUGCAGUCAAUAACCUUUCAAAAUGCAACGGCCACACUGUUUCUGGGACACACCCAACAUCCUCGUCAUCACAGGUUAAUUUGAACAGGUAUGGUGGCUUUUUCGAUUUAGAAGGUCAUAUUGACAGCAGAAAUAUCUCGAAGUCACCGUCAGUCAAGAAUUUACAGAAAACAUUCAAUGGCCUGGCAAUGAGUGCAGAUAAUGAUCAUUCAAGUUCCGCAGUAUCCGUUCCCACAGAGAAGGAGAAAUUAAACACAGGCCAUGAAAUUUUACAAAUCCAACCACGGGAAGUGGCAAGCAAUGGACUAGAAGCAGGUAACGAGACGGAUACUGAAGUAGUCACUGCUGACACUGAUGGUAUAUCUUCUUCUCCAUCAGGUACAUCUCUAAAUUCUAAGAAACGUAACGUUAUCAACUCAAGAUUCGACAUUGAUUUUGAUCGUAGUCGCGUGGGUAGAAAGGUGGCAACCUUGGAUCAGUAA